CUCCGUGCACAAACAUUUUUUGCUUUAUCUGUUGUACAGUAGGCGAGUCACAAAAUGUCCGACACUAUCACGAAAUAUGUGGAUUUGUAUAGCGACAAGUACGAUAACAAAAAUUUAGACUACUACCGUGAAAGCACUGCUCAAACUCUCUUACCUUACUCGCUAGAGGAGCGCGCAAGUUAUCGUAAGCAAAUAGUAGAACAGAGCGAGAAGAUCUCCAAACUGCGCCUCGAAAAGGACUAUCUGAAAAAGCAGAACGGCGAGGUGUGCGCAGCGAACGAGGAAC